UGAGAAAAUGUUAUUUUUAUGAGAAAUCAUUCAGGGGCUAUAGCACCCCAACAAAACGAAAAACAAGUAGCUAUAGCCUCAAUGGCUAUAGGCCUCAAACAACUGGGCUACGAAUGCAUGGCACGCCGUUUCAGAUUUUUGAACUAGCAGGGCACAUGGUGUAAUCACCUUAGCAUUGCCUUUGUUGCUUCAGACAGGUUAGAAAUGGCUUUCACGAAGAAACUAUGGGAGAAUCUUGUGGAAGAAUUCAGUAAAACCUAUUUUAUGCAUUCGAGAUUUUAUAGUUCAAGAGUCGACUUUAAGAAGCUAAGGCCCAUGAUACUAAAGAGGAUUCAAAACCGUGCCAAGGAUUAUCCGGUGAAAGGAAUGGUCCCGGUUGCCCGAGAGGUUCUUGAAAAAAGAAAGCUUCUUAUUCAAGGUGUUUCCACUCUUAUGGAAGUUUUUCCGGUCCUGGCUUGCAAGUUCUGUCCUGAAGUAUAUAUUGGUGAGAAGGGUCAUUUGAUUCAGACUUGUUAUGGUUACAAGCGUUGUGGUAGAAAGCGGGUUCAUGAAUGGAUCCCUGGGGGUUUAAAUGAUAUACUGGUGCCAGUAGAGACAUUUCGCUUACAUAACAUGUUCCAAGAUGUUAUCGAACAUAACCAAAGGUUUGAUUUUGAUCGUGUUCCUGCGGUUGUGGAGUUAUGCAGGCAGGCAGGUGCCAAUAUUGAUGAUGAGAAUCUCCACCCUGGCAUGUUGGAUUUGGACGGGGGGAUUGGUCAUAUUGAUGGAGGUGAGCCUUUCUCACCUAGCCAUUUGAUGCAUACAGCCAAAGAAAUUCUCGAUGCAUGGGAGAAGCUUAGAUCAGGUGUGCAAAGGUUGUUGUUGGUUUAUCCAUCCAAAGUUUGCAAGCAUUGUUCUGAAGUUCAUAUUGGACCAUCUGGACACAAGGCUCGCCUUUGUGGGGUAUUUAAGUUUGAGAGUUGGCAUGGGAAGCACUUCUGGAAGAAGGCAGAAGUUGAUGAUUUAGUGCCUCCAAAGAUUGUGUGGUGGCGGCGGCCUCAAGAUCCUCCUGUUCUUGUGAAUGAAGGGCGAGAUUUUUACGGACAUGCACCAGCAGUGGUGGAUCUAUGCACGAAGACUGGCAUUAUUGUACCACCAAAGUAUUCUUGCAUGAUGAAAAUUCAGGGUUUAUCAGCACCUGUUUCAAGAUGAUGUCUUUUGAUUGAAUCUAAAGUUGAGUUGACAUCAAGAUAUUCGUUCUGAUGAUUUAUGAGCCUCAAAAACGUAAGGAUCUGGAUGCUUAUAUUGUGCUUAUAGUAGUGACAAAUAGGUUUGAGUGAUACAAAAAUCGAUUGGAAUGCUAGUAGCUAAAAAAUUUCAGUAUUAGAUCACAAACAAUAUGGAGUGAGGAACAUAGCUGGUGGACCAGUUACAGUAUUUGAUUUUCUAUUAAAAUUAAGGCCUUGGCUAACUCGUGUCCUUAGAACAUAUGUUAAGGGGCUGGUUAGCUUGCAGUUUGCUGAUUCAAUCCCCUGAAAUUUAAGAUUGGUGUAAAGAUGAAGAGAUUCGUUUUUAAAUACAAAUAGAUGCACAACAACACUAUACA